UGAGGCCACCCACAGUCACCAAUCCCACCAGACAGGGGAUUGGAGGAUAUCCAUGACACACACAGAGUGGUUGUAGCCAACCGAAAGGUCCGAAGGGUGAAGUGAAGAAUCUGAUCGUUGUCAUCAAGACAUGUCCAAACUCCAAGCCGAGGAGGACUUAUUGGAGAAGGAAAAGGUUCUUCAGGGGCUGAGAUCCAGGUCUAUCAUGCCCAAGUCCGCCACCAAACGCACCUUCAAUGUGGCUUUUUUGGCCUCGUCAGCUGAGGACGACGAGGAAUUGGGGGCGUCCAAAAGUGCAUUUACCAGUUUCCCCAAGCGAGUUCUGUAUGGCCAUCCAUCUAACCAGAUGACAAGUCGUUUUGAAAGCCAGCGAUUGGAUGAGUCCCAUGAGUGCUCGCUCAUCUCAUCCACGAACUCAUCUCCGUACUCGAUUCCGAGGAUAUUGGAUCACUCCCCAAUGACAGUUAUGUCCCAACCUCUGGCCCAAGCUCAUAUUUCUACUUCUGCUUCGACUCAGAUAACGCCUCCGUCACACUCGUCGCAUUUAUCGCUUGGCUCUUCGACCAUUCCCAUUUUCAAGCGACUCCUAGGGUUCAGUGAUUUUGGGUUCUCCGAUUUUACCUCUACUAAUCGACGGUUCCUUGGGUCGUCAAGCUUCCAUCCGCCUGUCCCAACACCUUCAACAGAAAUGAGCCCGGUUGAAGUCCUGUCUCGGGGAUUUAUGGUUCCUUCUGGUGGCGUAAGAGGCCUGCCUCUGGGAUUGUCCGGAGCCUCUAAUACCUGCGCUAAAUGUGGCAUUACGUUUCGUAUGACAUCAGAUCUAGUCUAUCACAUGAGAACCCAUCACAACCGAUUAGAAACCAAGGAAAGAGAUUCCAUUCAGAGCCAACGACGGGAAAGUGAGCCCUUGAGGUGCGUUGUUUGUGGAGAAGACUUCAAAGAGCGCCAUCACCUAACCAGACAUAUGACUGCUCAUCAAGAUAAAGCCAAAUCCACUCAACCAGAAUCAAAGGCCAAGGUUGCUCCCUCUCCUUCUCCCUGUCCUUCUCCUUCUUCCUCUUCUCUCCUUCUGCCUUCUCGUUCCUUGCCCAUGAAAAGUGGCGGGCUUGACGGCUCAUUUUUUGGCACUUUUUAGAUCUUUAGAAGCACACUUGAAGAUCAAGAGGAAUUGAAAAUGGCCUUAAAAUUCAUUCAUUCCAUGUUUUCUUUUAUCCACCAUAACCAUUGAUGUUUCUGCCAAUUUGAUGACUUCAACACAACAUUUCUAAUCUGGGUCUUGAAAUGAAGACGCUCCGCAGCUGGAAAAGAUGUACUCUCCCCUCUCUAGAAAGAAGAUGGGUUUGCUGGUACUGGAUAAUCUACUACAUACAAUAAAUGUAGCUGGUCAAUGUUGGCCUUGUUUCAUCCCCUUCCAAGACAAGAGGGAAGUGUGAGGGAAGUAUGCGGUUGCAUACCUUUCUACGUCUGGUCCAAUGGGUUGCUAAUAAUCCCGUGUGAUUCCGUUCUCUGCACUAGUUACUCCUUUCCUUUCGUGUUAAUGUUAUAAUUGAUGUCUCAAUAAAAAGCCAGAUCACGCUCACGGUUAGCCAUCGUGCUGAUCGGAAAGCAUUUCAUUCAAGGUAACUUAUGA